AUGAGUGAGACAAACGCCAGCACCGCGCUGGAAACAAAAUUAGUUCAAUUGCAACUAACGACGAAGCGCACGGACGGAAUUCUUGCAAAAUCCGAAGAAGAGCCUAUUGCUCGACAUCAGGGAACACUUAGAACUGUUAUUGGCGAAGUGGACAAGCUAAGGCUUACGGUUGAAGCUGAAAAACUGGGCAGAAAAGAGGAUACUACCGAGUGGAGCGAGGAGAUUGAUACCAAAAUCAGCGAGGCAGAUAGUCAUGUAAGACUGACGAAGGAAUGGUUGGCGGAAAAAAAGAGGAAACUAGAGGAGAUGGAGAACGACGAGAAGAUCAAGUUUGAGGUAAAACUGCAUGAAACUAAAGUAAAGUUACAAGAUGAACAUAUUCUUAAAAACACCUCGCAGACCAGUAAAACUAUGAUUGGAAUGCAAGCGAAAUUACCGAAGCUAGUGAUUUCGAAAUUUAAUGGUUCUCCUAUGGAUUGGCCAAGGUUUUGGGGACAAUUCUCAGAGAACAUUGAUCAAUCCGCAAUUGCCCCGGUGACUAAGUUUUCUUAUCUUCGCGAGUUGUUAGAGCCUAAAGCACGACAAACAAUCGAAGCAUUGCCCUUCCACAGCGAAGGGUACAAUCGAGCGAUAAGCAUCCUGAAGGAUAAGUUUGGGAAAGAAUCCGAGAUAGUAAAGGGUUACACGCGCGAGAUACUUGGGUUGCCCACAAUACAAGCGGCCAAUCAGAAAAAGAUUCAUGAGUUUAGCGACAAAUUGUCUUACUGCGUUCAAGCGUUAGAGACAUUGGACAAGCUUGACGGGGUCAAUGGCGCCGUGCCAAUGACUCUUGAUAAACUGCCUAGCAUUCGUGGAGAUUUGGUGCGAACGGACCCUGAAUGGGAGAAAUGGACCUUCACCAAACUAGUUGAAGCGCUCAACCAGUGGUGUCGAAGAAAUCCAAUCGACAAACCAUCUGAACUAAACGACGACUCGUUUAGCAGCAAGAGAAGAGACAAGCUGUUUCAUGUCUCUCGUCAGAGAUUAAAUCCACGUAA